UGCACUCGCGAGCCUGCUUCUAUUUCAAAGGGUUGUAGUCGCUAUGGAAGCCUUAAAUAUAUUAGUGAAAAAACUGGUGGCCUUUUGGAAGAUAACGGCCGUCCGCCGGAAUUUAUGGCGCGUCUUCCUCUUUAUUUCAUUCACGGGAUCACUGAUAAAGAAUUUCGACAUAGUGCCGGAGUCCUAUUUCAGUAACAGCAAAAAUGUUCUGAACGUGUACUUUGUCAAAGUCUCCUGGGCCUGGCACCUUUUCUUGCUGCUCCCUUUCAUCGCUCUCUCCAACUCGCACAACAGACAUUGGAGCUUUGUGCUCCAGCGGCUUAGUUCACAACUGGUGUCUACAGCCAUCUGGUACAUCUUCACUGGGCUCUUCUUUUAUAUCGAAGAUGUCACAGGUGUCUGCUCUGAGUCUCAUUCCCCGUUGGUUUCCCGUGGAGAAUUUACGUCAAAGGCCGAGUGCCAGAAGGCUGGUUUCCGAUGGGAGGGAUACGAUAUCUCUGGACAUUCCUUUAUUCUAUCAUACUCUACCCUUGUGAUUGCCGAGGAACUUGUGCCAAUGGUUUCCCUGAAGGAAGACAUGCGCAGGCAGAGCCGCACAAGCAUUGUCCUCGAUCUCCUGUAUGUGGCCCUAAAUGCCAUCGUAACAGUUUGGAUUUGGAUGUUUGGGUGCACAUCUGUGUAUUUCCAUGACAUAACUCAAAAGCUCUUCGGGACAGCCUUUGGACUGGUAGCAUGGUACAUCACAUACCGGGUAUGGUACCUAAACCCUUUCUCACCAGGCCUUCCUCCUCAACGGAGACCUUGUAAACAACAUGCUUAGGCCUGUGGCACUGGAAUUAUACCAACACUACAUGUACUGCAAUCUGCCUCCUUAAUGGGUCCACGUUGACCAUUUCUUGGUAUUUGUCACCCCCUCAGCAGUCAUUCAAGAUUAGAUUGUGGUCCCCAUUUGGUCCCCAACAGCUGUCAUCCUUAGUGUGUAAAAUGAGAGCGGGAUGCUGACACUGUACCUCCAGAGAUUUACGGAUCAUUCUGAUUGUCCCUUUCAUUGUUCCAUUUACUGGAUAUGCAUACAGGUACUGUAACAAUCUGCAAAUAAAGCAGUCACUUUUUAUAAAUAUUUUAGAAGUCAUUUUGCAGAAAUCUAGGACAUGUAGACCUUUUUGUGCUGUGCUAACAUAAGCCCAAACCUGCUUGUCUUCUAAAAGACAGGAGGAUUAUGUUGAUUAUGUUAGCAGAUGUAAUCAAUUCCAGGAGCUGUGAAUAUGCAGCUCCAAACAAGUUUAAGUUCUUGGCACAAACCAAAUCCAUUACUACAUGUUUUAAGUUUGUACAUUAGUUUUUACUGUCAACAAUGUUGUUUUUGCAGUAUAGCUGUUCUAAGCAAAAGCAUGCAACUGCAUACCUGCAUGUCUUUUUUUAUUUUACAAAAAAAACUGUUGCUGAAUGUUAAUUUAAAAUUCCCUCAAAAUAUUUAUAAGGAUGCUGUCCACAAGUAAUGUUUAAUUCUAACUUAGGUGAGAUAUUUGAAGUGAACUCAGAUUUAUAAUCAGGGCCCUGAGAAUCACUGUUCUUGUUGCAUUGUGUUAUUUUAUUGUCCUGUUGGAAUACAUAAAAAUACGCAGAAUGUGUCUCUAAUAAUUCCAAGCUGCUGCCAAACAUGAGAAGUUGGGGAAAAAACAAAACAAACUAGUGGCCAUAAAAUGUGUGCAGUGAAAACUGAAGCCAUUAACUGACAGUUAAGCAUAAAUCAUUGGUAUUUGUAUUAUAAAGCGUGUCAUAAUAAUAAUAUUUACAUCACGUCAAUUAUUUAGGGGAAACCA